AUGAGGGGCUUGAUAUUAACCGUGCUUUUAACCCUGGUGGGGAGCCAGCAUCUUAAUUACCAACCCGAUUUCAGUGAAAACAAGGUUUAUACGUAUAACCAUGAAAGUAUACUUCUCAGUGGACUUCCAGAGAAAGGACUCGCAAGAGCUGGAAUAAGAAUAAAAAGUAAAGUGGAAAUUAGUGGUAUUGGGCCAAAACUUUGUCUUAUUAGGAUUCACUCAAUCGAAGCAGCAGAGUACAAUGGCAUCUGGCCUACAAGCUCAUUCUCUCGAUCACUGAAACUGACUCAGGCACUAACUGGACAACUUAGUAAUCCCAUCAAGUUUGAGUAUAGCAAUGGACACAUUGGAAACCUCAUGGCUCCUGAUUCUGUCUCGGAUGAUGGUCUGAACAUCUACAGAGGGAUUCUGAACGUGCUGGAACUCAGUAUGAAGAAGAUGCAGCAUUCAUACAGUUUACAGGAGGCUGGGAUUGGAGGUAUUUGUAACACAACAUAUGCAAUUCAAGAAAACAAGAGAGCAAACCUAGUCUAUGUGACCAAAUCCAAGGACCUGAACAGUUGUGAAGAGAAAGUCCAAGUGGUCACAGGUUCAGCAUACACUCAUCCAUGCCGGACCUGCCAGCAGAGAAACAAGAAUUCCCGGGCAACUGCUACUUACAGUUACAAAAUUAAAUAUGCACGUAAUGAAGCUGUAAUCACACAAGCUGAUGUCGAGGAAAUACACCAGUUUGCACCAUUCAAUGAGAUAACAGGAGGAAAUGUUAUAGUGGAAGCAAGGCAGAAACUUGCCUUGAUUGAUGUGCAAAAGCACUUGGCAGAGGUCCCACCAAAAGAAUUCCAGAAACGUGGGUCACUUCAGUACCAGUUUGGCAGUGAAUUGCUUCAGCUUCCUGUCCACUUAUUCAAAAUAAAAGAUGUGGAAAGCCAGAUAGAAGAAAGCCUGCAAGACCUAGUAGAGACCACAUACGAACAGCUUCCCAGUGAUGCACCAGCGAAAGCCCUCAAGCUUAUGCACCUCUUCCGUGCUGCAAAUGAGGAGAAUUACGAGUCAGUGUGGAAACGGUUCUCAAAUCGGCCAGCAUACAGGCGCUACUUUUUGGAUAUACUUCCUGCAGUGGCCAGUCACCGUGCACUCAAGUUCUUGAGGCAUAAAAUGGAAAAACAGGAGCUCACCAACUGGGAAGUGGCUCAGUCAGCACUUGUGGCUCUGCAUUCGAGCACACCAACUCGGGACGUGAUGGAGGAAGCUACACUCAUCGUGAAAAAGCAUUGUCCACGCUCAAGUACUGUACUUGGAAAGGUUUGCCAUCUCAGCUAUGCAUCACUGUGCCACAAACAGUGCUCCUCAUCAGACUCCUGCUCUGAAUGUCUCCAGCUACUCCAUGGCUUUGCAGGAGAGGCACUGAGCAAGUCUAACACAGAAGAAAUUUCCCUGGCCUUGAAAGCCCUUGGAAAUGUGGGACAUCCAGCCAGCAUCAAGCACAUCAAGAAAUUUUUGCCUGGAUAUGCAGCUGGUGCCUCGGAUCUGCCACUCAAAGUCCAUGCGACUGCUGUGAUGGCCCUGAAAAAUAUAGGCAUAAGAGACCCAAAAAUGGUCCAGGCUACCACACUUGAGAUUUUCCUGAAUCACAGAGUUCAUCCUCAGGUUCGAAUGUUAGCUGCAGUGGUUUUGCUUGAAACCAAGCCAGGUAUUCCAAUCCUGAUGACAUUAGCGGAUGCUGUGCUGAAGGAACCUAGCAUGCAAGUGGCAAGUUUCAUCUACUCUCACCUGAGGGCCCUGGGUAGAAGCACAGCUCCGGAUCUUCAAGUGAUGGCUUCUGCCUGCAGAAUGGCUGUCAGAGUACUAAGUCCCAAAUUUGACAGAUCUGGAUAUCAGUUCAGCAAGGUUUUCCGCUUCAGUAUGUUUAAAGAGUUCCUUAUGAGUGGACUGGCAGCUAAAUAUUUGGUACUGAAUAAUGCAGGCAGCUUAAUUCCAACAACAGCAAUAUCCCACCUGCGGACACAUUUCCUUGGAAGAGUUGCUGAUCCCUUUGAGGUGGGAAUAACAGUUGAAGGACUGCAGGAGGUGUUUGCUAAAGGUUACUCUCCUGACAGGGACUGGGAGACUGACUAUGACUUCAGGGAAAUCCUGAAAACGCUCUCGGACUGGAAGGCACUCCCGAGUGACCAACCUUUUGCUUCAGGCUACUUGAAGAUAUUUGGCCAAGAAUUGUUCUUUGGUGGACUUGAUAAAAACACCAUCCAAAAUGCAUUGCAGGCAUGGUAUGGACCUGAUGAAAAAAUCCCUUCAAUAAGGAGAUUAAUCAGUAACCUUCAAAGUGGCAUAGGGAGGCAGUGGACCAAGGCUUUACUGUCCUCUGAGAUCCGUCGUAUCGUGCCUACCUGUGUUGGGUUCCCAAUGGAGACCAGCUUCUAUUACUCUUCUGUCACAAAGGUGGCAGGAAAUGUUCAAGCACAGAUUACACCUUCUCCAAGGUCUGAUUUCAGAUUGACUGAGUUACUGCAAGCCAACAUUAGGCUGCGAUCCAAAAUGAGUCUAAGCAUGGCUAAGGAUAUGACCUUUGUAAUCGGGAUCAACACAAACAUGAUCCAGGCAGGGUUGGAAGCACAUACCAAGAUUAAUGCUCAUGUACCUGUGAAUGUUAUUGCCACUGUCCAGAUGAAGGAAAAAAGUAUCAAAGCUGAAAUUCCUCCGUGUAAAGAAGAGACUAACUUAUUUACUGUAAGGUCUAAGACAUUUGCUGUUACACGAAAUAUUGAAGAUUUGGCUGCUAGUAAGAUGACUCCAGUUCUUCGACCUGAAGCAGUGCUUGACAUAAUGAAGAUGUCCUUCGAUUCAGAUUCUGCAUCAGGCGAGACUGAUAACAUCAGGGACAGACAGUCUGUAGAAGAUGUUUCAUCAGGAAAUUCCUUCUCCUUUGGACAUUCUUCUUCCCGGAAGGAGCCAUUUGUUCAGUCUAUAUGCUCCAAUGCAAGUACAUUUGGGGUUCAAGUGUGUAUUGAGAGGAAGAGCAUACAUGCAGCAUUUAUCAAAAAUGUGCCUCUUUACUACUUAGUUGGAGAACAUGCCCUUAGAAUGAGCUUCAAGCCAGUUUACACAGAGGCACCUAUUGAAAAAAUACAAGUCACAAUUCAAGCUGGGGACCAAGCUCCUGCAAAAAUGGUACGUUUGGUAACAUUUGAAGAUCCAGAGACACAAGCAUCUUCCAGCAAAGAAGCAAUCAAAAGAGUGAAGAAAAUCCUUGAUGACACUGUUGAUGACCAGGGAAUAAGAAAAUCCAGAAGCUCCUCAUCCAGUGCCAGCAGCGCCAGCGGAAGUGCUGAAAGUACAAAGAGCAGCGCAUCCAGCAGCAACUCUGACAACAGAGCAUCACAAGGAGGGACCCGGACAAAUCUGAAAUCAAGACAGUCUAAAGCCAAAGAAAAGAAAUUCUACCCCUUUGGGGACAGUAGCAGUAGCAGCAGCAGUGGCAGUAGUAGUAGCAGUAGUAGCAGUAGCAAGAGCAGUAGUAGCAGCAGUAGCAGCAGAAACAGCAGCAAGGGGAGCAGCAGUAGUAGCAGCAAAAGCAACAGCAGCAGCAAGGGUGGCAGCAGCAGUAGUAGCAAAGCAUCUGGUAUAAGGCAUAAGGCUAAGAAGCAGUCCAAGACCACAUCAUUUCCACAUGCCAGUGCUGCUGAAGGAGAGAGAAGUGUCCGUGAGCAGAAACAGAAAACACAGAGUAGCAGCAGUAGCAGCAGAAGCGCCAGCAGCAACAGCAGAAGCACCAGCAGUAGCACCACCAGCAGCAGUGAAAGCACUGGUGUUUCCCAUCAUCACAGCAAAUAUGACAGACAAGGUGAAACGAAACAUGUCAAGUCCCAAUUUAACAGUCACAGUAGUUACGACUUAUCUACCGAAUGGGAAAGUCACCUGCCAAAAGUAUACCGGCUCCGCUUCAGGUCUGCUCACACCCAUUGGCAUCCAGAACAGAAGAGAUCCAGCAGCUCAUCAUCAGCCUCCUCGGAGUCAGGAAGCAGCCACAGCAACAGCAGCAGCAGCAGUGACAGCAGCAACAGGAGAAGUCACACAGGUGGCACCAGCAGCAGCAGCAGCAGCCACCGCCACGGGGUAACAGCUGGGCACAGCUCAAGAAGCCACAUGAGCAGAGGAGCCAGCGUUCACCACAACCAUGAUUCCAGCCUGACUCACGAGCGCAACUUCCUGGGAGACGUAAUUCCACCUGGCAUUACGAUUGUGGCACAGGCAGUAAGGAGUGACAACAGAAAUCAAGGUUAUCAAGCUACAGCAUAUGUUCGUUCUGAUGCUGCCAAAGUUGAUGUGCAACUAGUUGUGGUUCAGUUGGCUGAAACCAAUUGGAAAGCAUGUGCUGAUGCUGUAAUACUGCCUCUGAAAGCACAGGCUAGACUGAGAUGGGGCAAGGAAUGCCGGGACUACAGAAUAGCAGCCAUGGCUACCACAGGCCAACUGGCAAGGAAGCCAGCCAUGCAGCUGAAGGUGCAGUGGGGAAAUCUUCCAUCCUGGAUAAAAAAGACAAGCACAACAUUCAUGCAAUAUGUUCCUGGUGCAGCACUCAUGUUGGGCUUCUCAGAGGCACAUCAGAGAAAUCCAUCUCAUGAAUUUAUAGCAAGGGCAGCUGCAACAUCUCCACGAACAAUUGAUACAGUAAUUAAAGUUCCUGGGGUAACACUCUACUAUCAGGGACUCCGAAUGCCAUUCACUUUGCCCUUAGGGCCAUCUUCAUCUUAUAACACUCGAGAUAUCACUGCCUGGAAUGUCUUUCCUGAAAUAGCUUCACAAAUAGCACAAGAAGAUCAAUCUACAUGUGAAAUCAGCGGGGGAAAUUUCAAAACGUUUGAUCGCAUGAGCCAUACAUAUUCUUUCAAUAAAAGCUGCAACCUGAUAGUGGCCCAAGACUGUACUGAACACCCAAGAUUCAUCAUUACUACAAGAAAGGUUGAUCCCCAGUCUUUCUCAAGAGAGGUUCACAUAAAUACAAGCUCAGCCAACAUCACAAUCUGUCCUGCAGCAAAUUCAUCUCUCCUUGUGGCAUGCAAUGAAGAAUCGGUACUAUUACACAGUGGAGAUUCUGAAUAUGAAAAAGGUAAUAUUAAAAUUUAUAAAAAUGGAACAACAGUUAUUGUGGAAGCUCCAACACAUGGACUGAAGAAUGUAACUUUUGAUGGAAUGAUCCUUAAGAUUACUGUUGCUGCAUGGAUGAGAGGAAAGACCUGUGGAGUUUGUGGAAAUAAUGACAGAGAAAAGCACAAUGAACUCCUAAUGCCAAAUCAUAAACUGGCGCACAGCUCUUCUGCUUUUGUUCAUUCAUGGGUAUUGCUAGAAGAAACCUGUUCUGGUGGGUGCAAACUGCAGCGCAGUUAUGUGAAGCUAAAUCGAAAUCCUACUAUUGAUGGAGAGGAGUCUACAUGCUAUUCUGUUGACCCAGUACUGAAAUGUAUGAAAGACUGUACUCCAAUCGAAAAAACUUCGGUUAAGGUUGGCUUCCACUGUUUCCCAAAAGAUACUGCUGUAAGCCUGCUGGAAUGGCAGAGAAGCAGCGAUAAGAAAUCUGCAUCUGAGGAUGUUGUGGAGUCUGUGGAUGCUGACAUUGAUUGUACCUGCACUGGCGACUGUAGUUAA